AUGGACACUGAAAGGCAGCUCUGAUGGGCACUGAUAUGUGGCAUUAAUGGGCACUGAUUGGCAGCAAUGAGCAUGGGUCAGCAUCAGGGGCAGACUGACAACUCAUGGAGCCCCCGGGCAAUAGGGGAUCAUGGGGACCCUGUGUCCUUACCCAAACUCAAAAAAGCCUAUGAAAAAGGUACCAGGGGCAUCUCAUGGGGCCCCCUAUUGACCCCGGGCCCUCGGGCAGUGCCCACGUUUUUAAAUGGUCAGUCCACCCCUGGU